UUUACGCGGGCAGGGCCGCAGCUCCCGGAGGUGGCUCCCAUUGUUCCCCGCGGCUGCUGGUCUCGGGCCGCUCACUCGGGCUCUGUAACGGCCAUCGGUGUAACAGCCACACCCCGAGCGGGAAUCAACCUGCGGACUGUCCCAGCCAACGCCUCCUCCUCCCCGGCCUCUCCCCAACUCCAUGUCCCCGGGCCAGGGGCCCAGUGUGUAACCCGCACCCGAGCGGCUCCCCCAGGCCGGCUGCAUCAGCCCCCGCGAUGAACCAUAACCACUGCACGCCGAUGUAACAUAAUGGGGGUGGACUUCGAUGUCAAGACAUUCUGCCACAACCUGAGGGCUACCAAGCCACCCUAUGAGUGUCCUGUAGAGACCUGCCGUAAGAUAUACAAAAGUUACAGUGGGAUUGAAUAUCACCUGUAUCACUAUGAUCAUGACAACCCACCACUUCAGCAGCAGACCCCAAUUCGUAAACCAAAAAAGAAAGGACGCCAUCCUCGCUCCGCAAACAAACAGUCGCCUACACACUCAGAAUUAUCUCAGUCACCCAGCCGUGAGGUGAUGACCUAUGCACAGGCGCAAAGGCUAGUUGAAGUAGAGCUACAUGGCAGGGUUCAUCGUAUAAGCAUCUUUGACAACCUGGACGUUGUUUCAGAGGACGAUGAAGUGCCAGAGGAGACGCCAGAAAACGGCAGCAACAAAGAAAACAAUGAGACUCCUGCCACCACUCCCAAAUCAGGGAAACACAAGAACAAGGAGAAGAAAAAAGACUCCAACCACCACCACCACCAUAGUGCAUCCACAGGGACCACUCCAAAACUCCCAGAGGUAGUCUACCGAGAACUAGAUCAGGACACACCAGAUGCACCAACUCGUCCUUCUUCCUAUUACAGGUACAUUGAGAAGUCCACAGAGGAGAUGGAUGAGGAAGUAGAAUACGACAUGGAUGAAGAGGAUUAUAUUUGGCUCGAUAUCAUGAAUGAGCGACGAAAGACAGAAGGCGUGAACUCUAUCCCACAGGAGAUCUUUGAGUACUUGAUGGACAGGCUGGAGAAAGAAUCAUACUUUGAGAGUCAUAACAAAGGAGACCCGAACACAUUAAUUGACGAGGAUGCCGUAUGUUGUAUCUGUAAUGAUGGGGAAUGCCAAAACAGUAAUGUUAUAUUGUUCUGCGACAUGUGUAAUUUAGCUGUGCACCAGGAGUGUUAUGGGGUCCCAUACAUACCAGAGGGCCAGUGGCUUUGUAGAAGAUGUCUUCAAUCACCUUCUAGAGCAGUGGAUUGUGCACUCUGUCCAAAUAAAGGAGGGGCAUUUAAGCAGACAGACGAUGGACGUUGGGCUCACGUGGUGUGUGCCCUUUGGAUACCUGAGGUUUGUUUUGCAAACACAGUCUUCCUGGAGCCUAUAGACAGCAUUGAACAUAUCCCAGCAGCGAGGUGGAAGCUGACGUGCUACAUUUGCAAACAGCGUGGCUCGGGUGCGUGCAUCCAGUGUCACAAAGCAAACUGUUACACAGCCUUCCAUGUCACCUGUGCACAACAGGCUGGACUGUAUAUGAAAAUGGAACCAGUGCGGGAGACUGGUGCCAACGGGACAUCUUUCAGUGUCCGAAAGACUGCGUACUGUGAUAUCCAUACUCCUCCUGGGUCUGUCUGCAAACUUCCAGCCCUCUCUCACAGUGAAGGAGAGGAAGAGGAUGAGGAGGAAGAGGAAGAUGGCAAAGGCUGGAGCUCUGAAAAAGUGAAGAAGGCAAAAGCCAAAUCAAGGAUCAAAAUGAAGAAAGCCAGAAAAAUCCUUGCAGAGAAAAGAGCUGCUGCCCCUGUUGUGUCUGUCCCUUGCAUUCCUCCACACAGACUCAGUAAGAUCACAAACCGGUUGACGAUCCAGAGAAAAAGUCAGUUUAUGCAGAGGUUGCACAGUUACUGGACGCUAAAGAGGCAGUCGCGUAAUGGAGUGCCUUUGUUGCGUCGACUGCAAACUCACUUACAGUCGCAAAGGAGCUGUGAGCAGGAAAUGAAAUGGCGUAUACCUCUUCCUGAUGAUGUACCGGUGCACCUGGGAACAAUUGCUAAAUCAAAUGAUGAGUCUGGAGAUCAAACCCAUAAGAAUGACUCCAGUGACAAGAACUGGGUGUUAAAGGAACAGCUGAAAUCAUGGCAGAGAUUGAGACACGAUCUGGAGCGGGCACGUCUGCUGGUAGAAUUAAUACGGAAACGAGAAAAGCUGAAAAGAGAAACGAUUAAGGUUCAGCAGUUGGCACUUGAGGUGCAGCUGACUCCAUUUCUCAUUCUUUUGAGAAGAACAUUAGAACAGUUAGAGGAGAAAGAUACAAAUAAUAUAUUCACUGAGCCAGUCCCUCUGUCAGAGGUAACAGAAAUCUACGAAGUACCUGACUACCUAGAACAUAUCAAAAAGCCCAUGGACUUUCAGACAAUGAAACGUAAUUUAGAGGCAUUGCGCUACCAAAACUUUGAUCAGUUCGAGGAAGACUUCAAUUUGAUAGUCGGAAAUUGCAUAAAGUACAACUCUAAAGAUACUAUCUUCUACCGAGCAGCUGCCCGUCUCAAGGAACAGGGGCAAGCUGUGCUUCGACAAGCUCGUCGCCAGGCUGAGAAGAUUGGCAUUGAUUUUGAGACCGGAAUGCAUUUGCCCCAAGUCUCUACGGGAAAUGAGAUUGGCCGUCACAGCAGGAAAAAUGAUUUUGAACGGACUCCUCAAUCUGACAACAGAAAACAUCAAACUUUGGAAGAACAGUUAAAGUUUCAGCUGGCGCGGCUGGAUGAGGUCAACGCAAGCAAGCAAAGUGUAGGGAAAGCCCGCCGUGCCAAGAUGAUCCGCAAGGAGAUUACGUCCAUCCGCAGGAAAAUGGCUCAUCAGCAAGAAUCCCGUAGGGAUGGUGGCAUGGGCCGACACGGCUCAUCAGGGCGAGGAGCUAUGCCUUUGCACGGUCCUUCGGAGAAGGAUGGACAGACGGACAGUGCUGCAGAAGAGAGCAGCAGUCAGGAGACGGGGAAAGGAAUUGGCCCAAACACUUCCGCCACCCCUGCACAUGAAGUUGGUAGAAGGACCUCUGUCCUUUUCUCCAAGAAGAACCCAAAAACUGCUGGACCUCCAAAGCGACCAGGGAGGCCACCUAAAAACCGAGACAGCCAGCUGGCAUCAAGCCAGAUCAGCAGCCCAAUAGGGCCACCUCAGCUUUCAAUUAUUGGGGGGUCACAGAGACUACGUAAAAGAGGCCGAAGUCCACGUCCAACUUCCAGCUCAGACAGUGACAGCGACAGUGAUAAGUCAGCAGAAGAAAGAUCUUUGGACUUACCGACGAACGGCUUCAGUGGCAGUAACCAGCAAGUCAAAAAGAGUUUCUUAGUUUACCGUAAUGAUUGCAACCUUCCCAGAAGCAGCUCCGAUUCGGAGUCUAGCAGCAGCAGUAGCAGCAGUGCUGCCUCCGACAGGACCAGCACAACCCCUUCCAAGCAAGGUCGAGGAAAACCUUCUUUUUCUAGAGAGAAUUUUGCAGACUAUAGCAGUGAGGAUACAUCUGGAACUGAAAACGAAUCUUAUUCUAUGGGCAGUCGAGUUGGACAUGGCUUGGUACGCAAAGGAAUGGAGGGCCGAGGGGCUGGGUGGCUGUCCGAAGAUGAAGACUCCCCUCUAGACGCCUUAGACUUGGUGUGGGCCAAGUGUCGGGGAUAUCCUUCAUAUCCAGCUCUGAUUAUCGAUCCCAAGAUGCCACGAGAGGGAGUGUUUCACCACGGCGUUCCAAUUCCCGUACCACCCGUAGAUGUCCUCAAGUUAGGAGAGCAAAUGACUCAAGAAGCACAAGAGCAUCUCUACCUCGUUCUGUUUUUUGACAAUAAGCGAACCUGGCAAUGGCUGCCACGGACCAAGUUGGUUCCACUGGGUGUAAACAGAGAACUGGAUAAGGAAAAGAUGCUAGAAGGAAGGAAAUCAAAUAUCCGCAAAUCUGUGCAGAUUGCAUAUGACCGGGCCAUGCAGCACCGCAACAAGGUUCAAGGAGAACAGAGCAGCGAUUCCAGUGAAAGUGAUUAACUGCGUCCUACCCAGAGAAAGGCAACAGCGUUUGUGACCUUUUUGUCUAAUUACUGUGCGUCAUUUUACAUUCAAAUUCAGAGAACUGGGCUGCAAUAUGGUAAUCUAAGAGCCAAGGGUGCCACUUUGAAAGGACUAGCACUCAAGAGCCUUUUUAACAAGAAACUAAAUGAAAGAGAGGCCUGUGUAGGAUAAAAAGGGUCAGCGACAAGAUGUGACACUUUAUAGUUAUUUGCUUCUGCCUUCAACAGAAAGACACAGAUAAGAUCCAGCAAGGAUCUGUAUGGAGUGGUUGCUGGUUGACCACUAAUUGUAUCAUGGGUUUGUUUUUGUUUUUUCGCUUCUCUGAAUGUAACUCUUGUGAAAGGAGGAGCAUCUUUCUCGGGCACUUUACGGGCUUGCCCUUUAAGGAUCAGCAACAUCCUCCCAAAACCGUGAUCAUGGAUUCCUAUGUACAGACUCAAUUUUUCUACAUACUGUGUUUUGUUGUACAAUCGGACAUAUUAUGCGUGGCUAUCAUGAAAUGAAAGGGAGAUGAUAUUUCUGUCCCCCUAUUUAGCAACCUGCUCCAUCUUUUCCAAUAAGUGCUUCUUUUUGUAUACAAAAACAUACAUGUAGUCCCUGGCUAAGUUGCCAUUUUUCCAUCCCCAGUUAUCGUGCAGCAAAAGAAGUUGGCUUACUGAUCAGAGAGAGCGGUUUGUGUUGUAAAGAUUGAAAAUGGUAGAUGUAUUAUUUAUCGAACACCUAUGAUCUAUUCUAUAAUGCUACAGAGUUUCUUACUCUGACCGAUAUAAAGACAUGAAACAGCCAUUUCAGAAAUAUUUUAUAGGAAAGAAAAACAACAUUGGCAAUAUUGGUCAAUAUUUUUA